AUGGCUGACAGUGACUUUGGGAAAAACCCCACAACGUGCUCCAACUGUUCAUCUACUCAGGAAGACGUACUUUGUGUAUGUUCCUAUAACACAGGGCUUUCUCCAGUGUUGGUGGUAGAAAUGUCAGAGACAUCAAGCAUUAGUUUUUCAGACAUUUCAGUUUCACUGGAGAAAAAAAAAGAGCAACAAACUAUUAAAGAUGAUUCCUUUGUAGAAGAUUUGCCCUCAAAAACCUCGAUUGUAGAGAGAAAGGCAUCUCAACAGCAGUGGAGUCGGGGCAACAUUACAGAAGGAAAAGUUCCUCACAUAAGGAUGGACAAUGGAGCUGCUAUUCAGGAAAUCUAUACAUUUGGAAGAAUAUUGGGAAAAGGGAGCUUUGGAAUGGUCAUUGAAGCAACAGACAAGGAAGCAGACACAAAGUGGGCAAUUAAAAAAGUGAACAAAGAAAAGGCUGGAAGCUCUGCUGUGAAGUUACUUGAACGGGAGGUGAACAUCCUAAAAAUUGUGAAACAUGAGCACAUCAUACAUCUGGAACAAGUGUUUGAGACGCCCAAGAAAAUGUACCUUGUGAUGGAGCUUUGUGAGGAUGGAGAACUCAAAGAAAUCCUGAAUAAGAAAGGGCAUUUCUCAGAGAAUGAGACGCGGUGGAUCAUUCAAAACCUUGCAUCAGCGAUAGCGUAUCUUCACAAUAACGAUAUAGUACAUAGAGAUCUAAAACUGGAAAACAUAAUGGUUAAAAGCAGCUUUAUUGAUGCUAACAAUGAAAUGAACUUAAACAUAAAGGUGACUGACUUUGGCUUAGCGGUGAAGAAGCAUGGUAGGAGCGAAGCCAUGCUGCAGACCACCUGUGGGACGCCUAUAUACAUGGCCCCUGAAGUUAUCAAUGCCCAUGACUACAGCCAGCAGUGCGACAUUUGGAGCAUAGGUGUCAUAAUGUACACUUUAUUAUGUGGAGAACCACCCUUUAUAGCAAGCUCAGAAGAGAAGCUUUUUGAGUUAAUAAGAAAGGGAGAACUACAUUUCGAUGAUCCAGUGUGGGAUUCCAUAAGUGAUUGUGCCAAAAGUGUUUUGAAACAACUUAUGAAAGUAGAUCCUGCUCACAGAAUCACAGCUAAAGAACUACUAGAUAACCAGUGGUUAACAGGCAAUACACGUUCUUCGGCGAGACCAACCAAUGUGUUAGAAAUGAUGAAAGAAUGGAAAAAUAAUCCAGGAAGUGAUGAGGAAAGCACAACAGAGCAAAAGAACAAGUGUUCCAGUCAAGAAAAGUUGGAACGUUCCCAACUCAGCAGACCCAGUGGAACUGUCCAUGAUGUCAACAGCACUUCUGAUGAAGACGAGGAAAAACAGCCCACUGUUUAUAAAAAGAAAUUUCCUGUGGCCAGUAAGAAGGGAAACAUGGACAACUUGGACAUGAGCAGCUCAGCUUCCACAUCUAGCAAACUCCUUUCAGCUGCACUCAAGGGAGAACUGGAGAAACCCUCUGUGACUUCAAGCCAUGGAACAACAACCAAAUACACUGCAAAAUCCUUUGCUGUGCCUAGAACCAAAAAGAAACUCUAA